UAGCACCAGCAUGCACUAGAGUGGAAAUCAUUGGUACCGAUGUGGCGCAGAGGGCUGGUCAUCCCAGGUCAGCUGCGGACGUGGCGAGCGAGCAAUUUGUUCGCCAGGUAUGCUAGCAGUGAGUCCAGAGGACUUGCCAGCCGACGCACUGCAGUUGUUGCUGUAGGGUGUCUCGCUGCCGUAUCUGCAGGGGCUGUCUACGAUUUGACAUCUCAGUGGCUCUCACAGAAAGAUGAUGAGGAAUGGAUAGAGGAUUGGGAAGAGCGGCUUGCAGAGCAGCAAAGUUCUUCCGGAGAGUUUGGAGCUGUUUCGGUGUGGACCACAACAAAUAACACACUCUUUGCACCUCUACCAAAUGGUCAGAUAAUGGUUUGUCUCGGUCGUUUCGUGAGAAGCAAGGUUUUGGGCAUGGAGCUGCGACAAGGAAACCACAAAGAUGUUGGCACUCGCCAUUUGGUUUUCGUUCGACAUGCGCAACCAGGACACGGAGAGCCUUUGUCGGACGUCGGCCUUCAACAGGCAGAGUUGCUCGCGCAGAGGCUCUCGGUGCAGACUAGUGAUGCGAAGUACAAGGUCGUUUUCCACUCGCCAGCACCAGAAGCAAAGGCAACUGCAAAGAUCUUGAAGCAAUGCUUUGGGAAGGUCAAGAUGAAGGAGUCAUCGCUUCUUGCCGAAGAUGUUCCAAUGGUCCGGUUUCCAGAUGUCCGGUUUUGAGAACGGACACAACCAGAACUCAAGUUCUUUUCUUCCAAUUCUGCACGGUUCUAACAAAAACACUAACAUUGUUC